UCUCGAUAUUCUCCUAUCUUUCCCUGGCUGAGAAGCUCCGCAAGUGGCGCAAUGGGUUUGGCAUGCUGCUCUAUGGACCGCCUUUUGCAGUUCCGCUUCGAACCGGCCCCUGGUUGGCAGUCGAAUGUGGCUCUAUUCCUACUGUCGAUCGGAGGAUUAUUCACCGCAUGCAAACUGUUUAGCUUUUGCCGUGCGCUUCUCAGUAUUUUCGUUCUACCAGGGCAGAAGCUCUCCAAAUUCGGACCAAAAGGUAGCUGGGCUUUGGUUACUGGUGCCUCGGAUGGAAUUGGUAAAGAAUACUCUCUCCAGCUCGCCCGUGCUGGUUACAAUAUCCUCCUCGUCUCGCGUACGACUUCAAAACUAGCCGCGGUCGCCGAUGAAAUCAAAAGCAAGUCACCCACGGUACAGACCAAAAUCUUCGCAAUGGACUUCUUCAAAAACAACGAUGGUGACUACGAAAACCUCAAGCUUCUGUUACAGGAUCUUGAUAUCUCAAUCCUCGUCAAUAACGUCGGCCGCAGCCAUAGCAUCCCCACACCAUUUGUCCUCACCCCGCUGGAAGAAUUGGAAAAUAUCAUUAUGAUCAACUGCAUUGGUACCCUACGCAUCACCCAGCUCGUCGCACCAGGAAUGAUGCAGCGCAAGCGCGGGUUGAUCUUGACCAUGGCAUCCUUUGCUGGCAUGAUUCCUACCCCACUGCUGGCUACUUACUGCGGGAGCAAGGCAUUCCUGCAAUACUGGUCAAUUGCCCUAGGUGCCGAACUGCAACCGUACGGGGUGCAGGUUGAACUUGUCCAGAGUCAUCUGGUGACUUCUGCCAUGUCUAAAAUCCGCCGGCCCACCGUUACGGUCCCCAUUCCGCGCGACCUCGUCCGAGCUGUGCUGAGUAAAAUUGGUCGCGGGGGCGGCUUAUCGGCAUACGCUUAUACCUCUGUGCCCUACUGGAGUCAUGGCCUGAUGGCGUACGCGCUAACGCAAGUUCUCGGACACAUGGGAAAGUUCGUUUUGGGCUAUAAUAAGGCCCUCCAUGAGUCUAUCAGGAAACGUGCGCUGCGGAAGGCGGAGAGGGAGAAAAACAAGAAAUCUACUUGAUUUACACCUCCAAUAGCUCUAUACUCUUCCUUACGUACUCGAAUCCAUUUUGGAUGGUGUAUCUGAUCUGGCGGAUAGAUUUGUCCGGAAUGACACGUCUCGGAUCUGUGUGCGGGAUAGCUGGUAGCUGGACAUUAUAACCAUAACUAAUUACUGGAAAAGGUUUAAAACGGGAAUUGAUACUUUUCUCAAGGAAAGGGAGCUUUAAUAUAUUGAUAGAUGUGCUGCAACCGAUCUCUCUGGCCGCUGAAAUGGGAACCGAGCUUUCUCUCUUAUUAUAGGUUGUGUUCGACUCACCCAAUAUUCGCAUCAGGUGCAUGUACAUCUUCUUAAAGUAGUUGAUUCACUCUCAAACUGCUACUGAAUAUCAACAUGGUAACCAACAAGCGCGCGUUUCCACCCUAACUUUGAGCCAAUAAACCUUACCCAAUACAACAUUAUCACAAUUUGUAGUUUG